AUGGUAUUUACUGCCUUGAAGGACCGCCUGUGGAAGGAAAUGAAGGGGUGGAAGGAGAAACUUUUGUCCAGAGCUGGAAAAGAGAUUCUUAUUAAGUCUGUGAUACAUGCCAUCCCUACCUACCUUAUGGCAGUGUACCGCCUUCCAGUGAGUGUCAUACAUGACAUCCAAGCAAUGACCGCGAAAUUUUGGUGGGGCAACACCGACUCCAAGCAUAAGAUGCAUUGGAUUAAUUGGGGCUCUCUAUGUACUCCUAAAUGUCUAGGGGGUAUGGGAUUCAGGGAUAUAGGGAUUUUCAACUCCGCGCUAUUGGGAAGACAAGCUUGGAGACUGUUAAAGAGUCCCACCUCUCUUUUGGCCCGGGUAAUGUCUACCAAGUACUAUAAAAAUGCAGAAUUUCUUGACUCAUAUUUGGGUACAACAAGUAUCUUCUCAUGGAGUAGUAUAUGGUCUUCAAAGUCGCUAAUAAUGGAUGGUACGCUGUGGAGGAUCGAUAAUGGGUCAAAAUUCCGGAUUUGGGAGGAUUCUUGGGUUGCGAAUGAUGACGGUAUGUACGUGACCACCCCCCGCAUUCAUGGUUUGUCUUUGGUGUGUGACUUAUUGGAGGGUGGCGAAUGGAGUUACAACCUGCUGGUACAAAAUUUUAAUGAUAGAUAUGUCACAGCUAUUCUUGGAAUUCCCCUAAGUGGCAACCCACAAGAAGAUAACUGA